AUGAAGUCGAAGGGCGUCGAACGAGAGAUGAGGAUAUGUCAUACUCAACCUCAUCUCGUGCCUCCCAUGAAGCUAGUGGUCUAUGAUGAUCUUCCGAGCCCAGGUCCUCCUCCUCGGACCUCGUCCUUUCCAUCAUGGAUAAUGGAAGGCAGAAGCAUCGCCUCCCGAGCAUCCAACCGGGCCAGCAUGUCGUUGAAGCGGCAGUCAACCACGCCAUUAAGGAUCAGUGCACCAACAGACUUCAGAAGAGUCGAGACUUUCCAGUCCUUCGCCUCCAGUCCAGCGGAGUUCCAACCUCUCGUGUUGAAGAUCCACACACCCGGCAACCGCUUAUCAGAUCUGCCAACCUUUAACGACUUUCUCUCACAGGAGGACCAACGACGAUCUCUUGCCUGGCCUGCAAAAGCCCUGGUCUCUCCCACUGACCCUUCACGCACAUCCCGCGGUCGAUCUCAUCAUCAUCACUCUUCAUCAUCCUUCCAAUUACCCCGCAAACCGGUAGGAUCAGGGUCCCGUCGAUCUUCCGUUGCCACGUUGGAGCAGCUUCUGGACAAGCAGACUCCAAUCACGAGCCCUGUGAUACCUCAUUUCUCAGCCCGUACCUCGACCGCCACCGGCAUCAGCGAGGCCUUGUUCUCGCCCACACAUACCAGGCUGGAGUCUUCGGCUGGCUACGGUUCAAUGCCACAACGCCAACGCAGCGAUAUCAACCCCAUCGCGGUGGCCCCCAAGACACCCCCCAAAACCCCCCUGCAGGACAGGCCGCUACCAGCUCUUCCUACCGACAACACCCCCUCCUCAACAGGAACAUCCAACCCCUCGCCCUCCACCCUCUUCGAGAACGACAUCCCAUCUCCAACUCCAAACCCAAACACCACCCCAUCCCGCACUGGCCGCGUCACCCAAUGGCUCCUCCAAACAGGCAACAAAGCCUUCAUCCCAAUCUCUCCCCCUCCCCCUGGGAAACCCUGGACCGAAAAGAGCGCGAGCGCCUUUCGCAUCCGCUCACGCACGCUCAGCGGCUCAACGGCCGUCUCUUCCGCCCCAAGCACGACAACCACAACGGGCCUAUGUCCAACGACACCCUCAUCACGGGGCACCCAAGAACUCAAUCUCAACCUACCGUCCGAAAAGGACCUCGACACCUUCCCGUCCCGGACCCUCUUCUCCAGCCCCACACCUGCCAUCUCAUCCACGUCCAUAUCCAUAUCCACGCCCACCCCCGACGACAGACCGUACCCCACCAUCUACGAAGGCCAGCAACAACACUUCGCAUACAGCGAGCUGGAUUACUACACGAGUACCAAUCACCGCCAAUCAACCAUCGGUCUGGCCUUUUGA